AUGUCUGAAGAAAAAGAAGUAUUUGCAAGACAGAUUCGAGAAGGGAGACAGAAAGCAGAGGCUUCUGAUUUGGGUUAUCCCGAGGUGAAACUAACAGAAGAUGAUGUUUAUAUCGUUACCGGUGCCAAUACAGGUAUUGGGUAUGAAGUUGCUAAAAACAUUGCAAGAAUGGGGGCCAAGGUGAUUCUCGCAUGUCGUAACAUGACAAAAGCGGAAAAGGCUAUCCAACAGAUGCAAAUGGAAUAUGAAAAAAGUUUUGAAGAGAGUUCCAGAUCCGGAGAACCAAUCACACUUAAUGUUGUGAAAAUGGAAUUAGAUUUGUCAUCGUUUGAUUCUACCAUGAAAUUUAUAGAGACAUUUAAAGCUCAAUAUAGUAACCUGAAAGGUUUAAUUUGCAAUGCAGGGGUGGUUACUACGGAAAGAGAACUGACGAAAGAUGGUAACGAAAUUAUGUUCCAGGUUAACUUCCUUUCUCAAUUUGUACUGAAUCUACAUUUCCUACCUUUAUUACUGAAGAAUGGUAAUGAUUCUAGAAUCACCUUAGUUUCAUCUGAUUCGUACAUUGAAGGGGCCAUUGAGUUUGAUAAUAUGAACUGUGAAAAACAAUUCCUUUCAACGUUUAAUGUCUAUGGCAAAUCAAAACUAUGUCAGGUGAUGUCAACAUAUUGGUUGAGUCGUCAUUUGAAAAAUAAAUCAGUUACAAUAACAGCAUGUAAUCCUGGAUUUAUUCAGACGCAGAUGACUGCAGCUCUUGAUAUGCUCAAUCCUUACAUGGACCAAACAUUGUCACCAGAGGUAGGAGCUAAAACUGUGAUAAAAGCAGCUACUUCUCCAGAAUACAAAGGUCAAACUGCACUGUUCUUUGAUAAUUGUCAACCUAUACCAACCACUGACUAUGCUAGAGAUGAGAAACUUCAAGAGAAACUGAUACAAUAUGUAAUGGGUAUAUUAAAGCCGUAUUUACCAAAGAACCUGGAAGAUUAUAUAGAAUGUUAA